AUGGUAAGUUAUGAGGGAUGGAAAAUAGAGGGUUGAAUAAAUUAUUUUGAAGGCCAUGGGAACUAGGUGAUAACACAGGUGCUUUUAGAGAUUGCGGAAGAAGUACGAAUAAGUCAUCUUUUUGUUUCAAAGGCGCUCUCAGUAGUGCAAUUUUCAAGCAGCUUGUUAUUCGUAUUUGUCGAUGCAGGGGAGUUACCAUGGCGGUGACGUAGCCACUUUUGGUUGGUUAUUUGAGAGAUUUGUCCUCCGAUACAAUUUAGUUACAUAAUGUAACAAAAAGUACGGAGAGUUACAAUCUUGAGUCACUUUUAAUGGGUUUAAGUCUUUGCGUCAAAUGAACGUCUAGUAAAUAAGGAAUGUUUAAGGAUUUUGUGGAACAGGUAAAGAAGGUUGAGUAAAUGAAGUCUGAAACUUCUGUAAAUUAGGAGGAAAGUAUUAAGGCCCGUAAGGUGACGGUGGAAUGUUUUGGGCGACUUUUGUUCGAUGGAUUGAAGCGGACCAGGUGGGAAGAGAUGCUUUUUGUUGGGCUAAGAUAUGUAGUAAAGCUAAAGUCUUAUGUGUUCCUUUUCCAAAACAGUUAUAACUCAUGGGCGAAAGGCUUAAAAUUAUAAUAGAAAUAAAAGCAAAACACGUUCUUUAGUCGAUGGUCUUCGGGCGCUUUAUGUGAACUUUCCGCUAAUACAUAGAGUGACCUUGAAUCUGAAAAAAAUACAUAAGCGAAGGUAUUAGACAACUGGACUAGAAUAAUUGAGCAUUCUAAAUUUUUAUUUUCACACAUUCCAAAAAACUUUUAUAAUAUUUAUCUGCCAUGUCUGUUCAGGCUCCAUUGGAACGAAAGAACAUUGAUCUGACCCCGUUGAAGAAUGCGAAUGUACCCAUCUUCUUCAUUGUCGGUGAGUUUUACUUGCUUAUGUCGUAAUUUUUUGAUUUGACUCAUUCACGGUUGGAAUUUUAUCUGUUUUUUUUGCAGGAGGCCCCGGCUCCGGAAAAGGCACUCAGUGCGAGAAGAUUGUGGCCAAAUACGGACUGACUCAUUUGAGCUCCGGCGAUUUGCUCCGCGACGAGGUCAAGUCAGGAAGCAGCCGAGGCGCGGAACUUACCAAAAUCAUGGAAGCUGGCCAAUUGGUCCCAUUGGAGGUGGUCCUCGACCUGAUCAAGGAAGCCAUGGUGAAUGCUGUGGCCAAGGGAAGCAAAGGGUUUUUGAUUGAUGGGUAUCCGCGCGAGGUCAAACAGGGCGAUCAGUUUGAAAGUGAGGUGAGCAUGAAUUCUUCGAGUUAAAAUUUUGGAGGCGGAACCAGCCGGCUUUUAUAGAAGAAUGUCAAAAAUGUUGCUUCGUUCUGAAUGUAAUACCUUGAUGAAUUUCAGAUCCAAAACAGCAAGUUGGUCGUCUUCUUUGAGGUCUCCGAAGAUACUCUGGUCAAACGCCUUCUGCACCGUGCAAAGACCUCUGGCCGGGCUGAUGACAACAUUGACACCAUCAAGCUUCGUCUCAAGACUUUCAACGAUUCUACAGCUCCCGUCGUUUCGCACUACGAGAAAAAAGGAAAAUUGGCCAGAAUAAAAGCUGAAGGAUCCGUUGAAGAAAUUUUUGCUGAAGUCACCAAACACCUGGAUAAGGCCAUUUCUAAAUAG